AUGGCGGAGAGUAAUCCAAAAUACACACUCGGUUCUCCCCAAGAACAUAUACCAAUAUGCGAAGAACAUGGUUUAUCUAUAGAUUGGAUAUGUGAAGACUGUGAUACGUUCAUUUGUUCUACGUGUGCAAAAAUGUAUCACAAUGGACAUAACUGUGUCUCGCAGACUUCGGCAGCCAGUCAAAGAAGGAGAGUACUCCUUGAAUAUAUCAGGGAUAUAAAGGAGGAGCAUUUGUUGAAUAUUGAUGAGAUAAUUCUCAAAAAGAAGACCGAAAAUCAAAAUUCUUGUGACUCUCAGGUAAAAAAGUUACAGAAGCAUUUUGAAGAAAUUAUCAUGACUUUAACAGAAAUCAAGAAAAUCAAGGAGGAAACAUUGAAAGCUAUUCUAAGAAAGAAAAAUGAAGAACUAGGCAACGAAAGGUAUCGGUUAGAUGAGAAAAAGAAUAAAAUAACUGAAAUAGUGGAAUAUUUGGAAGAAUACCACACCGCCAUUUCUGAUAAGAGCUUAAUUGAGAACCAGGGAGAUCUGGCACAUCUGCUUGAUGACAUUAAAAGAGACUUGCAGAACUGUGAAUUUUCAGUGACAUACAAGGAAAGAGAGAUGGACAAUGCUAAGCUGGAGUCCAUAUUUGGUCAUUUUCUUUAUUUAGAUGACGUCAGUGUUAUUGAAACAAAUUCAUUUCAAUAUAGUAGUCAUCCAAUUUUAGCUUCGGAGGCAUUGAGCGAAGAUGGGUGCUACAUGCACGUAAAGGACAAGAAAUCAGAUUUUAUUGAACUGGUCAACAAACAAGGCAAAAAGAAACAGAAAUUAAGUAUUAGAUUAAACGAUUUUUUUGUAACAUAUAGUGGUAUCUAUUUCACAACUAUAGAGAAUAAUUCGAUUUGUUGCAUUUCUCCAUUAGGAUCGGUUUCAACAUUUUUGAGUACAAACUCAUUGAUUCCUAUGGGAAUUUGUAAAUCAUUGGAUGACGGGCUUUUUGUUUCUUUGGUUGACUCUGAAUGCAACUCUUUUGAAUUAGAUUCAAACAGCCGACGUUUAGUGAAACAUUUCACAUUAGAAUGUGAUUUGAUUCAUGAGUAUGAGUUCAAGGAGGACGGUCGAACAAGACUGUUUAAUAUGCCUUACAAACUCUGUCAGAACAGUAACUCUGAUAUUUGUGUGAUGAACAUUACAAGUGACAAAUUAGGUGAAAUAUUGAUUAUUUCUUUCUCUGGAAGUCUGCGAACUAUCUACCGUGGGCAAAACAUGAAAGAAGAUUUUUUGCCAGCAGACGUUGCAUGUGAUUCUUCCUGCAGAAUCCUCGUUGCUGAUCCCCUCCACAGCCGGAUCCACUUGCUCAGUCCUGAAGGUGAAUUUUUGAAAUACCUAUUGACAGAUAAAGAAAUAACAAAGCCAACGGCAUUUUCACUGUGUAAGUCUGCGCUAUGGAUUGGGAAUGAUUCAGGGCUCGUCAAAGUGUUUGAGUACAAAUGUUUGUUUUCAUACUAA